GAGGGGGGGACAACAGGAAUCUGUGAAUGGCUUCAGAUGGAUGAGAUGCGGGCUGAUGUAUAAUGUUUUAUCUGCACCUCGGCAGAUGUGGUUGUUCUUCAACGUGACUGGAUUGUGAACGGGGGAAGCGAUGGAGGCAGAAGCUGCUCGCGGCUCGGACCAGCUGAAUAAAUUCGAGCGACUGACAGGGAGGCCCCCGCAGACGUUAGCAGGUCAUCGUACUCCCCCCGCCCGCAGUGGGCAUCGCUGUGUCGCAGACAACACUAACCUGUAUGUAUUUGGAGGCUACAACCCCGACUAUGAUGAGUCAGGAGGCUCAGAUAAUGAAGACUAUCCGCUGUUCAGGGAGCUGUGGAAGUACCACUUUGCCACAGGCUGCUGGCAGCAGAUCCGAACAGAAGGCUACAUGCCCACAGAGCUGGCGUCUAUGUCAGCUGUUUUGCACGGCAACAACCUCCUGGUGUUCGGAGGCACUGGGAUCCCCUUUGGUGAGAAUAAUGGCAACGACGUUCACGUUUGUAACGUGAAGUACAAGCGAUGGUCCCUGCUCAACUGCCGUGGGAAGAAGCCAAACAGAAUCUAUGGACAGGCGAUGGUCAUAAUAAACGGCUUCCUGUACGUGUUUGGAGGUACAACAGGCUACAUCUACAGCACAGACCUGCACAGGCUGGACCUGACCACCAGGGAGUGGAUCCACCUCAAGCCCAACAACCCUCCUGACGACCUGCCCGAGGAACGGUACAGACAUGAAAUAGCUCAUGACGGACAGAGGAUCUACAUUCUGGGAGGAGGCACUUCCUGGACAUCUUAUCCUCUAGACAAGGUGCAUGCGUACAAUCUCGAGACCAAUUCCUGGGAGGAGAUUACGACUAAGCCUCAUGACAAAAUAGGGUACCCUGCUCCUCGGAGAUGCCAUAGCUGUGUGCAAAUACGAAACGAUGUAUUUAUCUGUGGAGGCUACAACGGGGAGUUGAUAUUGGCAGAUCUGUGGAAGAUCAACCUGCAGACUUUCCAGUGGAGUAAACUACCAGCAAUGAUGCCUGAGCCUGCCUACUUCCACUGUGCUGCUGUCACCCCGGCUGGCUGCAUGUACAUCCAUGGUGGCGUGGUGAACAUUCAUGAGAACAAGAGGACUGGCUCUCUGUUUAAGAUCUGGCUGGCAGUGCCCAGCCUGCUGGAGCUCUGCUGGGAGAAGCUCCUCAAGGCUUAUCCCCACCUGGCCACUCUCUCCACCAUCCAGCUGCUGAACCUGGGCAUGACACAGGAAUUAAUCGAACGCUUGAAAUGAGCCGCACAGCGGAGCACGGACAGAGGAAUGGAUGACCUGGGCUGGACUGGGAGGAGACGAGGUGUGACAGAGCACAGAAGAUAAAAUUCACAGCAAACUUUCUCGGGAAUCGCCCUCUCGCUCCCGUGCCUGACGUAGCCCCGCCUUAAAACCAAAAACAAUGGGAUGCCUUUUUUCAUUUUUUUUUUUUUGUUCUUAGGUUUUUCGCAGUUCCAGUGAUGACGAAGAAAAUAGAUGCAGAAUGUUUUAUUCCCUACAUGAUGCCUUUGUGUCAAACUACGUACGAACUCCAGCCCCCUCAUCAGCCAAACUGUGACUGCUGGAAAUACUUUAUUUUGCCCCGUCAUGUUUUCAAAGACUGCCCUCUCCCAUUUUUUUAAUCAACCUUCUCUAGUACUUUUAAGAAUUAUGUGCAAAAGAAGAAUGCAUGUAUAUUUAUUUGGACAAAUCAGUUUUGGGGGGAAUCACCUGAAAUUGCUGUUUGCACAUGUUGUAUUGCAUAUUUGUAGACAUUUACUUUUUUUAAAAGGAGGUUUCAGUCUAUAAAGUGAAAGGGAGUGUUUUUUGCACGUUUUAGUCAAUUGAAUACAAAUCUCAUGUUUUAGAUUUUGAAAGUGACUUUCCGGUGAGCCAUUUUUUAUUUCAUUUUUCUCUGUAUAGUUUGAAAAUCAACUUCCAGACGCUUGAAACUUGAAUUACCGACUUCCCCUGCACUACUUUGAACUCAUUUUAAAUAACUGAAAUGUUUUCACCGUCAGGGAUUUCCAAUCUAAAAUGUCAAGUCUUUUUAUGUUGUAUGAAUUUAAACAAGGGUGUGUCUGGAUUUAAGUCCAGACACACCCUUGUAGUAAAUUGGCUAAAACGUGUUAAGAAAAAGUGAAAUGCUGGUUUUACCAAUGACUGAGCCCUUCUAUUUUCCAUCAUACAUCUUGUUACAGAGAAUCAUCCACGAAAAAAAAAAGAUCGAAGGUGGGUAUCUUCAAUAAUAAUGAACUUCCCAUCCCGUUUGCUUGCAGCUCUCAUUUGUAAUCCAAACCAUGCACCACAUCACUGUGAAUUUGGUGCUCUUUAAAAAUUAACUUAAAUGCUUUUAUUCAAAUAAAGACUUGCUGUUAUUCCAUUCA